GCCAGAAAGUUUAAAAUCUCUCCUCCUUCCUUCACUCCAGACACUGCCGUUCGCUGGGGCCGCCGCGCCGCUCCCCGUCGCCUUCCAGAACUGGGAAAGAGGAAAGAGGCGAGUGCCACGUCCCAGCAGCCGUCUUUACUGGGAAGGGUCUGCAGCCCACCCUUGGCAUUGCUUGGUAGGGACUGAGAUACCCGCGCAGCCGGCCCGCCUCCGUGGUUGAAGAGUUCUCCCUCCCUCACGUGAUUUGAGCCUCGUUUUCCUUUUCUCCGAGCUACGUCCUCCGGGAGCGGGGACAAUCCGGCAAAGGGAGCGAUGCGCUUCGCCUGGACCUCACUCCUACUCGGGUUGCUGCAGCUCUGCGCACCGGUGCGCUGCGCCCCGCCGGCCACUGGCCAGCAACAGCCCCCUCGCGAGCCGCCGGCAGCUCCCGGCGCCUGGCGCCAGAAGAUCCAAUGGGAGAACAACGGGCAGGUGUUCAGCCUGCUGAGCCUGGGCUCACAGUACCAGCCACAGCGGCGACGGGACCCUGGCGCCACCGCCCCAGGCGCAGCCAACGCCACCACCCCGCAGCUGCGCACGCCAAUCCUGCUGCUCCGCAACAACCGCACUGCUGCGGCGCGGGCGCGAACCGCCGUCUCGUCCGGAGCCGUCGCCGGCCGCCCCAGGCCCGCAGCCCGCCAUUGGUUCCAAGCUGGCUAUUCGACGUCUGGGGCUCGCGACGCUGGGGCCUCGAGUGCCGGUAACCAGACGGCACCUGGAGAGCUCCCAGCGCUCAGUAAUCUGCAGCCACCCAGCCGCGUGGACGUGGACGGCAUGGUGGGCGAUGACCCGUACAAUCCUUACAAGUACUCCGACGACAACCCUUAUUACAACUACUAUGACACGUACGAAAGGCCCCGGCCUGGGAGCAGGUAUCGGCCCGGAUAUGGAACAGGCUACUUCCAGUACGGUCUUCCUGAUCUGGUGCCUGACCCUUACUACAUCCAGGCAUCCACGUAUGUGCAGAAGAUGUCCAUGUACAACCUGAGAUGCGCUGCGGAGGAAAACUGCUUAGCCAGCACAGCAUACAGGGCAGAUGUCAGAGAUUAUGAUCACAGAGUGCUGCUAAGAUUUCCCCAAAGAGUGAAAAAUCAAGGGACAUCAGAUUUCUUACCAAGCCGACCAAGAUAUUCCUGGGAAUGGCACAGCUGUCACCAACAUUACCACAGCAUGGACGAAUUCAGCCACUACGACCUGCUUGAUGCCAGCACCCAGAGGAGAGUGGCUGAAGGCCACAAAGCAAGUUUCUGUCUUGAGGACACAUCCUGUGACUACGGCUACCACAGGCGAUUUGCCUGUACUGCACACACACAGGGAUUGAGUCCUGGCUGCUAUGAUACAUAUAAUGCAGAUAUAGACUGUCAGUGGAUUGAUAUUACAGAUGUAAAACCUGGAAACUACAUUCUAAAGGUCAGUGUGAACCCCAGCUACCUGGUGCCUGAGUCAGACUAUUCCAACAAUGUCGUUCGCUGUGAAAUUCGCUACACAGGACAUCAUGCAUAUGCCUCGGGCUGCACAAUUUCACCGUAUUAGAAAGCAACUCCCAAUGGAUAAAUCAGUGCCUGAUGUUCUGAAGUGGGAAAAAAUAGAUUAACUUCAGUAGGAUUUAUGUAUUUUUGAAAGAACAGAAAACAACAAAGUAGUUUUUGUUUUGGACUGUUUUAUAACAAAGCACAUAACUGGAUCUUGAACAUUUAAAUCGGCAUAUUUUGAGAAAUUCUUGAAAUUAUUAUUCACACUACUUUGUGAUUAACAGUGUUUCAAUUCUAUAAUUGCACACUUGGCUCUUUCAAGAAAUCCAAAUUUCUUAUGCUCCUUUUGAAAUUAUAGUGCAAAAUGGAAAAAAAAAAAAACAUUUCAGUGAAAGAGUUAAAAUUACUUUAAAGUGAGAAUUUUCUAAAGUUCUGAAACUUUAGUGAACCAUAACAAUAACUGGCUUAGUUAUGUCCUAGCAUAGAUUACUUUAGAAAUGAGACUCCUACUGUUUAAAUAGAUAUGGACACAUUUGGUGCUGAGGAAGGAACAACACAUUACCAUUGGUGGCAAGAAAUAUUACUAUAUAGCAGAGAAAUGGCAAUAUAUGUAUUCAGAUAGUUACAUCCCUAUAUAAAAUUUAUGUUUACAUUUCUAAAUGAGUAGAUAAACUACUUUCUCUCUCUCAAGUGUUCAAUUUCAUUCUGACUUAAGUCAGCUUUUGUUUUGGAAUGAAUUAAGUAAUUGAGCUGCCCAACUCCUGUCUGACAUUUGUUGAUGCUCCCCUCUACUCUUUAAUUUUCCUACAGGCAGGGACCUUUUAAGUGGCAUUCUUAAAAUUACUAUUCUGGGGACUGCUAUACAUAGGACAACUGUGUCAAUGGGAAGUCAUCCUGAUGAUAGAUAUGAUAUAUCCAGAGAUAAUAUGGAUUUAAGUAUAUUAAACUAUGAGCCAAAAAAAUUCCUUGCUGACAUAAAAAUCAUACCAACAAGUCCCCCAAACCACAACUGUCUCUAAAAUAUUGAGAAAAAUUAAUGAAACACAUCUUAGGAUUUUCAGCUUUUCUACAUUUUUUUUAAAUAAUCAGCUUUAAAAAGAAGGUUAAUUUAAAAAAAAUCAUUCAGAAUAGAUGACAUAAUGUAUAUGGAUAUAGGAGCAUUAUCCUAGGCCAUCCACGAAUCAGUCAUACAUGUAUUUUGGUGUGUGUGUCUGAAAUAUAAUACAAAUUAGCAAAGCACAUAGCAUUACAUACUUGAGGUAUUGGUGCAUAAGGAGGGAAAAAAACUUUCUGCAAAACCAAGGACUGUGUUGCAUAAUGAGACAGCUGUGAUUUUAUUUUAAACUGUGAAACCAUGUGCCACAACAAAAUUCGGAGAAUUUGUCUUUUUCUUAGAUUCAAAAGGUGCAGAAAGAAAUCAAAUUAUACUUUUAAGUUAGUGGUGCUUUAAGCAGAAGUUUUUCUACAUUAACCAGUAUUAAAAUCUCAAGCAAGGUAUUUCGAGUGCCAGGAUAUAUUAGGUAGAAUUUAUAAGUGAGGUGGCAUCCCUGUAUUAUGUGUCACAGAGUUGCAAAGUAAACACUACAAGUAAUCAUUCUGCACUCAACAGUGCCUAGCAGGGCAGGAAGGGCUGAAGGUGGAAAGGAAAGUCAUCAAGGGCAGAUAGAGCGACGCCCCAGAUCAUAAUCUGCCAGGGCACACCCAUACUAAGAGACAAUGCAGACAGCUUGAUAGAGACCCAGAACUUUCACUGAGCUAGAUAGAGACCCAGAACUUUCAUUGAGCUAGUAUCUGAGCUAUGAAAUAGCUGCUUUGAUGUACCUCUUUGCCUGAAAUUGCUUUUAGUUUAAAGAUUGUAGAAUGAUCCUUUUAAAUUGUAAUCUUUUCUAAUAGAAAUAUUUUAACAUACUUGCUUUUUUUAAAAAAAACAAAAACUACUGUCAGUAUUAAUACUGAGCCAGACUGGCAUCUAUAGAUUUAAGAUUUAUCAUUUCAUUAAGGUUUUUACCCCUGUACUAAAAACUAGCCAAUAUCAUGGCCUUUGGAUACAUAUGAGAAGACACAGUUACUAUCAUUCCAUAGGCCUUCUAUUUGUCUGUACAUCCGUCAUCAUUUGAGGGCCUAGUACAUGCCAGGCAACUCACAUGCUAGGCACUGGGGUAUAAAAAAAGACUGUCCUUAACCUCAGUAAGUAUUCAAAUUGUUGUAUUACCCAUUAGGUUUACUGUAUUUCAUUUUUAAUAUCAUAAGUACAUGUCUAAAAAAUUUCUACUUUAAGCACUAUUGUUUUUCAUAACUAUAUUUUAUUAAAAAUAAAUUAAAAAGA